AUGAAAUCGCAGAGAGAACGCGAAACAUCAGAGGAGCGUGAAACACGCCUAAGCAACAGAAGAAUUCAGGCUUCUACUUCUAGGGCUGCCGAAACUUCUGAUGAACGCAACUCCCGUUUGGAAAACCAACGAGCAAGAAUAUCGGCAGAGACAUCGAAUCAACGUGAAAACCGGCUCAGAAACCAAUGUGUUACUUCGUCAGUAGCCAGAAGUAUAGAGUCUUCGGAUCAACGGGAAACCAGACUUCGAAGCCAGGAUGUUCGUUCAUCAGUAGCAAGGGCCAUCGAGUCGACAGAACAACAAGAAAGCAGACUCGGAAGCCAGCGUAUUCGUUCGUCACUAGCAAGGGCCAGCGAGUCGACAGAACAACGAGAAAGUAGACUCGGAAGCCAGCGUAUUCGUUCGUCACUAGCAAGGGCCAGCGAGUCGACACAACAACGAGAAAGCAGACUCGGAAGCCAGCGUAUUCGUUCGUCACUAGCAAGGGCCAGCGAGUCGACACAACAACGAGAAAGUAGACGUGGAAGCCAACGUAUACUUAUGUCAGCAUCAAGGGCUACAGAAACGCCGGAGCAACGAGAAAGUAGACUUCGAAGCCAACGUGUUCGUUCAUCUGUAGCAAGAGCUACAGAGACGUCAGAACAACGAGAGAGUCGCCUUAGAACUGAACGUUCUCGAUCCUCAUUUUCAAGAGAAAAUGAAACAAUUGAUCAGAAUGUUUAUCGUCGCCAGCAAGAUAGUUAUCGUCAUCGUCGGAUAGUUCCUGUGUCUUUCGAGCGGAUUGCAUUCAACUACACAGCUGAAAUGGACUAUGGUAGCCAUGAGUUAAUAGCUAUAGGUUCAAUGAACAACGUUUGUCGUCACUGUAAUGCAUACAAAUACAAACACGAAACACCAGGAAUGUGUUGCUCAAAUGGAAAAAUAGUUUUACCCCAACUUCUUCCACCACCACAACCAUUAUUAUCAUUGAUGACAGGGUCGCAUUUGGAUUCUCAACAUUUCUUAAGCAAUAUCAGAAAAUACAAUUCUGCUUUUCAGAUGACCUCUUUUGGAGCUACCAAUGUGAUAAGAGAAAACUUUAUGCCAACAUUUCGUGUGCAAGGACAAAUUUACCACCGCAUGGGAUCUCUGUUGCCAAUUCCUAAUGAAGAUCCAAAGUUUUUACAAAUUUAUUUUAUGGGUCAAGCAGAUGAACAAGUACAACAACGUCAACGUUAUAAUCCUGAAACGAAGCAGCGUGUUGUAGCUGAUUUGCAAGAAAUGUUUCAUGAUUGCAAUCAACUAAUAAGGACUUUUAAGCAAGCUAGAGAUGAUCCAAGACUGUGUUCAGAUGAACAUUUCAUUGCUAUUCAUGCUGACAAAACACCGGCUGGGCAACAUCAAGGACGCUACAAUGCACCUACGAUUGAUGACGUGGCAAUAUUGAUAGUUGGUGAGCCGACCGCGCCACGUGAUAUUAUUAUUCGCCGACGGGAUGAAAGAGUAAGUAGAAUAGCUGAGACCCACCGAUCAUAUGACGCUCUUCAGUAUCCCAUUAUUUUCCCAUAUGGUGAAGAUGGAUACCACUUCGGAUUACGACAAAUCAAUACAUCGACAAAUGAACCAACAAAUAAACAAGUGAGUUCAAUGAAUUUUUAUGCAUAUCGCAUAAUGAUUCGUAGAAACACAUUAAACCAUAUUGUCAACUGCCGGGAGCUAUUUCAUCAAUAUAUUGUUGACAUGUACGCUAAAAUUGAGACGGAACGUCUUAUGUACAUUCGUCACAAUCAAUCCAAACUUCGAGUGGAUAAUUACAUUCAUUUGCAAGAUGCCAUAAAUAGUAAUAUUGAUGUAAAUCCAAAUGAAUUAGGACGUGCUAUAAUACUACCAGCAACAUUCACCGGUAGUCCACGCCACAUGCAGGAAUAUACGCAAGAUGCUAUGGCAUAUGUGCGAUCUUAUG